CUGCCCCCGGCUUCGGGGCAGCGAGCAGUGAGGCCAGGGCUGGCCCGGGUGGCCGUGUCACAGUCACAGAAUGGUUUGGGCUGGAAAGGACCUUCAGAAGUCAUCUAGUCCAACCCCCUCUGCAACGUCGAGGCUGCCCCGACCCCUCGGUGCUCAGCAGAGCUGCCCUAGGGACUGUGGGGGGGACCCGGGCAUCCUGGGGGAGCAGGGCACAGGGCACCGUGUGGGGGCUUGCCCCGGUGUGGUUUCUGCUGCCUUUUUUGCAUGGGGCUGCAGCUGCAUCUCAGCCCUGGAAAGCGCCGUGGGCGCGAGGGGGCUGGGCUGCUUCUUCCCCUCCUCGAGCCGUGGGGGCUGCCAGGACAGCCACCCCUGCCGUGCCCUGGGCAGUGGUGGGUGAGUGCCCAGCACCCCCGGGGUAGCCCUGGCCCGGGCUCCCCGCCGCACCGCGUACCGCACCGCUGCGGCGGGGCUGGGCGGGCAGGGGCGGCGAUGCCUGAGGGUGGUCCGGCGGGUGAUCGGGACCGUGGCGGGUGGCGCGGCCAGGACUACGUUUCCCAGCGGCGCCUCCUUGGCCUGCACAUGCUCGUUGCUGCUCCCGGCGACUCCCGGCAGCUCCGGGCGCGGCGCCCGGCGCAGCGUAGAAACACUCCGUGCGGUUGACGGUGCGACCGCCGGUGCGGCUCCCGGCGGUCCCCGCCGCGGCUCCCCUUACGGCCCGCGGCUUCCAGUGUAGCUCCCGGUGCAUCUCCCGGCGGCUCCCUGUGCAGCUGCCGGUGCGGCUCCCGGCGCGGCUGACUCCCGGUCCGGUGCGUCCUCGGGAGCGUACGGCCGAGCCCUGCCCAUCCCAGCCUCGCCACCCGCGCAGGGCCGGGCUUCCCCCGAGCUCCCCGCCUCGGCCCCGGCAGCAUGCCCCGCGGGCGAGCCUGGACGCAGGCGGAGGUCAGCAGCCUCCUGGCGCUGGUGGGGGGCUCGGGGGAGGCCGCCCUGCUCAUGGCCUCCACGUCGCGACCCAACGAGGCUCUGUGGCGGGAGAUCUCCCGGGAGCUGACGGCAGCCGGAUACAGGCGCAGCGUGGCCCAGUGCCGGUCCAAGUGGAAGGCACUCAAGCAGGCUUUCCACUCCGAGCGGGAGAAGCGCCGGAGGGCAGGACACCACUCGCCCCGUCUGCCCCCACACUACCGAGCCAUGAAGAGCAUCUGGAAGGCAGCCGGGCAGCCCGUCUUCGGGGAGCGGAGGAUGCCAGACCUGGUGAAGCUGCCCCCCAGGAAGCACAGGUCAGCCCAUGCUACCUGCUCUCCAUCCUCACCCAAAUCACCAGAGCAAGAUGUUGGCGAGGAUGCUGCGGGCAUACUGCUGUCCCCGCUGCUGCAGUGUGUGAAGGCCAAGACAGAGAACGCAGCCAGUGGGGACCACAUCGCUGGAAUGCCGCCUGCUCCCCCUGCCAUGCCACAUGCCAGUCACUGUUUCCCUCUGCUUCCCCUCCUGGGCUGUCACACUGCCCUGAAGCAGGAAGGAGCUGAGCAAAAGCCUGGGUUUCCUGGUGAGAUGUCCCUGGGUAUGGGAAGAGGAAACCAAGUGCUGACAGUGGCUGCCACUGCCCUGGGCACCCCCAGGAUGGCUGCCAUAAGCGAGCAGCUGGCAGAGGGUGAGGAGGCAUCGGACACGAGCCUGCACGGUUCCAACGUGGCAGGCUUGCUCCAGAGUGUCCAGCAGCUGCUGGUGCAGAUCCUGCAGACGUCACGUCAGCAGCAGGCGCUGCUGGAGAGCCUGGCCAGCGACACCGUCUCCCAUCUCCAUCUCCUCUCCCACAGCCUGGUGCAGGUGGGUGAGACCUUGCACCAGCUCCUGCUCCGUCCACAGACCCACCCCAGCCCCCUUGGCCACUACGUCCCUCAUGUGCCCCUUUUCGAGGGUGGCCCUGGGGAGCCUUGCUCUGCCAGCACUCCCCACACCUCCUCAGAUCACAAAGAGGAGCCUCGGGCAUCCCCUGCUGCUGGCUGCACCCCUCCAUGAGUGGAGAGUACCACUAUCCCCCAUCCCAGGGGCAAUGACAUCGCUACACAGCCGCGGCACAAGUCUUUAUAGCAGAGGUGCCAGAUAUUUUCGAAAGUUUAUAGAAGAGAGACAUUUUAAUAAAAUUAAAAAUAGCUUUUUU